GUGUGUGUGUGUGUGUGUGUGUGCGUACGCGCUGAGGCCAAACACUGCUCCCAGCUCUGGGAAUAUUUAAAUGACUCACUGAUCUUUUUAUGCAAUGUGGAUAAUGAUCGCGCAGGAGGGAUUCCCCCGAACUUUUUCCGCGUAUUGCUGACAGGAAUGACUCGCUGUGAUUGACGGAUGAACCAUGGGGACGAAGAUCAGCUUGUCUUCGUGCUGGCAUAGUUUUUUAAAAUGUUUUAAAAAGCCGAACCAAUCUGAAGUGGUUUCAAAGCGUGAGGAAAAGGGUGUCACGGUUUUUGUAAAUCCCGCUGCUGACAGUGAGGCAGAUGCAGACUUUCAUUCUAAACGCACCUUACCACCGCUCCCAGCCGGGGGGCCCGGGGGUGCCGGGGACCUGUACAUCGCCCUAUAUGACUACACCGCCCGCACCGAGGAGGACCUGAGCUUCCGCACCGGGGACACGUUGGAGGCUCUGGACAAAAGCACUGGGGACUGGUGGUUUGCCAAAGCCCUCAACGGGGUCUCGGCGCCCAAAAAGGGAUACAUCCCGGCGAACUAUGUGGCCCCUGUGGAGAGUAUCGAUGCAGAACCAUGGUAUUUUCCCGACACCAAGCGGCUGGAUGCAGAGAAGAUGCUGCUGGCAGAGGGGAACCAGCACGGAGCCUUCCUCAUCAGGAACUGUGAGAGUCAGAGAGGCGAGCGCUCCCUCUCAGUGCUGGACUGUGGGAAGGUGAAGCAUUACAAACUGAAAAAACUGGAGAAUGGUCAUGUGUUCGUGUCCAGGGCCCGAUCCUUCCUUACUGUACAGGAGUUGGUGGCUCAUUACUCCCAGGAGGCCGAUGGCCUCUGUGUGCGUCUGGGGGAGCCUUGCAAAAAGAUGGAGGCUCCACAGACUCACGGCCUGUCCUACAACACCGUGGACCAAUGGGAGAUUGAUCGCAACUCCAUCAAGUUGCUAAGGAAGCUUGGCGCCGGACAGUUUGGAGAAGUGUUCGAAGGCCUGUGGAACGAGACCACAGCGGUCGCAGUGAAGACCCUCAAACCUGGAACCAUGGACUCGGAGGACUUCCUGAGAGAGGCUCAGAUCAUGAAGAGGCUGAGGCAUGCCAAGCUGAUCCAGCUGUACGCUGUGUGCACCAUGGAGCAGCCCAUCUACAUCAUCACUGAGCUGAUGAAGAACGGCAGCCUGCUGGACUACCUCCAAAACGAUAAGGGCGCCAUGCUGCGUAUCUCUGACCAGAUAGAGAUGGCUGCCCAGGUGGCGUCGGGCAUGGCUUAUCUGGAGCUUCAGAACUACAUCCACAGAGACCUGGCAGCGAGGAACGUGCUGGUGGGAGAGAACAACAUCUGCAAGGUUGCCGACUUUGGCCUCGCCAGGGUCUUCAUGAAAGAGAAUGAAAAUGUGUAUGAAGCCAAAGAAGGAACUAAAUUCCCUGUGAAGUGGACCGCUCCGGAAGCCAUGCACGACAACAAGUUCAGCAUUAAAUCAGAUGUUUGGUCCUUUGGAAUCCUGCUGUAUGAGAUCAUGACGUUUGGACAGAUGCCUUAUCCCGCCAUGACCAACUACCAGGUGGUUCAGAGGGUUCCCCAGGGCUACAGGAUGCCAUGCCCCCCCAACUGCCCCAAAGUCAUGUAUGACAUAAUGAUGGACUGUUGGAAGCAGGACGAGCCGGACCGGCCCACAUUCGAGACGCUGCAGUGGAAGCUGGAGGACUUCUUCGACAUGGACGUGACCUCGUACGACGAUGCCGCCCGGUACUAGCACUCUGAGCCGGCUGUGAGACACUGGAAGACACAAAUAAACUAUUCUUUCUGCACUGAAAAUAAAUCAAAACCACCUGAAUCCAA